AACACAACCACCAUUGCAUUUUGGGCAUCCAAAUUAACACCGGAACAUUCCCGGGUAAAUAUUAAUCAUCAUAAAUAUCAUUUGAAAAUUACAAAAUUACUAAAAUACAAAUUUUAAAACAGUAUACCUAUUGAAAAAAAAUUUGAUAAUUUUAUUUUAAAUUUAUAACAAAUUAAUAUUAUUUAUUAAUAAUAAAUAUCAAAAUUAAUCACAAGGUCCAAUAAGGGACAUUAAAAUAAAUUAAAAUGGAAGGCCAGGAUGGCCAGAAAGCUAUAUCAAUUGAUCCAAGUACAAUUAAAACAGCUCAAGAUGCUAUAGGACGACUUGAUGUUCUUGUAUGUGGAAAUUGUCAUACUGUAUCACAUUUUGUUGAAGAAUUUCUUGAACACAAAAAUGUCGCUGGAGUUUGUUCAAAUGCAUCAAAUUUUCGUGACAAUGGAAAUAAUGAACAAAAAGCCCAAGUAUGGGCAUUUUUAUUGUGGAAAGAUUCACAAAUACGUAAAGAAAAUCCAGAUCGUGAAGCAGCACAAACAGAAUCAUGGGAAUUAUAUCAAAAAUGGUGUAAAAUGGCAUCAAAUAUACGUGAAUCAUGGAUAUCAGCUGGUAAAACAAUACAAACAUUUACAAAAUUAAGUAAUGCUAAAAUACCAGAUUCACCACGUAUUAUAAAUUCACAAACAUCAUCACCAUUAUCAUCAACAAAUGAAACACCUAAACAAACAACAAUGGUGAUGCGUAAAGUAAUGCGUAAUGGACAAAAUGAAAUUGUUGAUGUUAAAAAAGAAAAUAAAAUUGAACCACCACCAUUAGUACCAACAAAUCAAAAAGUUAUACAUAAUAAACAACAAAAUGAACAACAACAACAACAACCACAACAACAACAACCACAACAAAAACAAGUUAAAAAAUCUGGACCAUUUGUAAGACCAAGAUGUUGUAUUGUACCAAGAUAUAAACCUGGUAAACCACCUGGUGAAAAUGAACCAGAAAAUACUGAAGAAUUUCCAGUUGAAAAAAUAAUGGCUAAACGUUUUAAUACUAAAAAACGUAUUGCUGAAUAUCAGAUAAAAUGGGAAGGUAUUCAUCAAGAUUUUAAUACAUGGGAAUCAACUGAUUGUGUUUAUAAAUGUAAAUAUUUACUUGAAGAAUUUGAUAGAAAUUUAGCUAAACAAAAAGAAGCAAAAGCAUUAAAAGAAGCACUAUUAGCACAACAAGGACAACAAGUACAACAAGGUAAAAAAGUUGUACGUCAAGCACAACAAGCAGGAUCAUCAUCAUCAACAUCAACAGCAACAGCAACUAUAAAACAAGAACCAAUUAAUAAACCAGGACCAUCAACAGCAACAACACCAGGACGUCCACCACGUAAUAGUAAAACAAAAGCAAUGGAUCAAGUUAAACAAUGGUGUGGUUCAAUGAAAGAAGAAGAAAAUGAAUUAUCUGGUAAACGUAGUAUUGAUAAUACUGAUAGUGAUGAUGAGGAUGCUGUUAUGCAUAAAAAAGUUAAAGUUGAAGCAUGUAGUGAUGAAGAUUGGACUGGUGAAUCAGAUAUGGAUGAUAGAAGUAUGGUUGGUGGACGUAGUGAUGUUAUACAACGUGCAUUUAAUCGUGCAACAAAUGUACAAUCAAAUGGUUCAAAUAAUAAUAAUAGUAAUAAUAAUAAAACAACGACAGCAACAACAAUGGUUACAACAACUGAUUUAUCACAUUUAAUAAAUACAUCAAGUGGUGUACAACAAACAAUUGAUACAACUAAAAUACAACAAUCACCAGUUAUGGUUACAAAUUCAAAAGGUGUUAAACUUGAUGGUAAUAAAAUACCACAAUUAGCAUCUGGUGUUUAUAUGAUGCAUAAAAGAGACGGUAUGCUUAAAUUUGAAUCAGCAUCACCAACUGGUAAUAAAAUGAAUGUUAAAAAUUCACAAAAUAAUAUUACUAGUGGUGGUAGUGGUGGUAGUGGUGGUGUUGGUGUUGGUGGUGUACUUAUGGUACAAAAUCGUGAUGGUACAGGAGUUGUUAGAAAACAAGUUAUUGGUAUGUCAACAUCAACAACUUCAAUGACACCAGUUAAAGUUGUAUCAAAAUCAGAUGGUACACAAGUUGUAACACAAAUGAAAGUUGUUGCUAAACCUGGUCAACCAAAAAUACAACAAUUAACACCAACAUUACAACAACAACAACAACAACAUCGUGUUGUUGGUAUAGUACAAAAAAAUGAACCCGUUAAAAUACAACCAAAACCAGAACAUCAACUACAACAACAACAACAACAGCAGCAGCAACAACAAGUACAACAAUUACAAAUUGUCACAACAGUACCAGGUCAAGUGCAACCACGUAUGUCAACAACACCAACAAUAAGACAACAAACAACUGGACAAGUACAAAGAACACCACAAUUAUUACCACGUACAAAUGUACGUGGACAAACACCAACAUCUGUACUUGGUACACGUACACAAACAGUACGUACACCAAUUUCAAAACAACAACAAACAAUGCAGCUACAACAACAACGACAACAACAAAUGGUACAAAAACGUAUUAUAUCAACAAAUUCACCACAAUCAUCACCAACACAAACAGCUGGUGGACAACAAUUACGUCAAAAAUUAACAGUAUCAUCAUCACCACAAGGACAAAUUGUUAAACAACAAAUAAUGACAACAACAACAGCAUCAAAUUCAUCAGUUGUAUCACCAAUGCAAACAAAACAAAUACAAAAAAUAGCACAACAAAAAACACCAACAUCAUCAACACAACAAAGUAUAAUAUCACCACAACAAAAAAUAUUAAUGGCUAAAAAAAAAAUACAAGCUGAAGCUGCAGCAAAUUCAAGUAAAACAACAUUAUCACCACGUGUUGGUACAACAACAGCAACAACAGCAACAGUUAAAACUCCAUUACAAUCAAGAGUACGUGGUAGACCAUCAACAACACCACAAACAACAACUCUACCAAAACAAAAAGAAACAAAAAUUGUUGAAGGUGAUGGUAUACAUAUGGAAUUUCAUGAAGUUGGUGGUUCUGAGGAUGAAAGUGAUGAUAUUGAAUCAUCACAAACAACAACAACGACAACAUCAACAACAACAACAAUUAUUGAAGAUAAUUGUCAACCACCACAAUCUGAAAGUCCACAACCAGAAUAUUCAUUGUGUCCAUUAACUGGACGUAUUAUUGGUCCAGAUGGUGAACCAAUGGAUACAUCAGAACCAAUUAUUGUUACAACACAAGAAUCAGCACAAACAACAACAAUACCUAUAACAAUUAGUACACCAAUGUCAAUACAAACAACUGAUGUAAUAACAACAUCAUCAAACUUAGCGUUAUCAACAACACCAACAGUAUCAUUAUCAUUACCAACACUUGAUUCAACACCAAUGGAUACAUCAACAACAACAACAACAACAAUGCAAUCAUCAACAACUGCUGAAAUUGUAAUGCCAUCAUUAGAUGGUAUUAGUGAGGGUGGUAUUAUGAGAGUUGAAAUGUCACCUGGUGGUACAUCUGGUACUGUUGUACAAACAACAAAUAAUACAAUACAAGAACAAACACCAAUGGAAAUUAAUGUUGAACAAGGUUUACCAUGUCUUGAUGAUACAACAAUAACAACAUCAGCAACAGCCACAACAACAACAGCAACAACAACAACAUUAGAAACACCAACAACAUCAAUAACAGAAGAAACAAGUAUAUUACCAACGCUACCAACAACAAUCACAUCUUCAUGUAAUAUUACAGAUACAAAUACAACAAUAAAUGAUACAAUUAAUAAAACAAUUGACACAACAGUAACAACACCAACAAUAACAUCAGAAGAUACAACAAUAACAACAGCAACAGAUGUAGCAUUAACAUCAGCAACGAUAACAACGACAGCAGCAUCAACGACAACAACAUCAACGUCAACAGUUACAAAUGAUGAUACUGAUAAUAAUAUAAAUAAUGAAAAAACAACAGAUAUUGAAAAAACAAAUGACGAUAAUAAUACAAAUAUUGUUGAUGAUGGAUCAAAUUUAGUAACAAUAACUGGUGAAGAUGGUGUUGUUUAUCAAGUAGCUGGACAAGCACCAGAUGGACAAACAGUACUUGUUGCACAUGGUGCUGAUGGUGAACAACAAUGUGUUUAUGUAACAACUGAUCAACAAGUUGAAGGUGGUGUAUUGACACUUGAUCAUGCUGUUGCUGAAGCUGUUGCACAAUUAAUACCAGAUGGACAAGGUGGUUUACAAUCACAAUUUUAUGUUAAAGAAGGUGAAGAUAGUAACAAUGAACAACAAAUGGUUAUGUCAAUUAUGGAUUCAGCUGCAUCUGGACAAGAAGAUUCUGAUAGUCAAGCACAAGUUGUUGCACAAGUUGUACAAGCUGAUGAACCAACACCUGGUGGCACGAGGAGAGUUGUCCUUCUUCUUCCUGAUGGCAAUCUCAUGAUGACUGAAGUUGAUGAAGAACAGUAUGCUGCACUCGAACUUGACAAGUGAAUAUUCAACUAGCAAUGAAAGCGUAAAUAAAUAAUUCUACUAAAACUUACAGAUUUGACGAAAAAUAAAAUUUAAAAUAAUAAGAUGAAAAAAAUUUAAUAAAAAGAAACAAAAAAAAAACUAAAAAAAUUCAUUGAUAUUGUAUAUAUGUAAGAAUGCUCCAGCGCCCUACAGAAUAACAUAAAAAAAAAAAAAAAAUUAAGAAGAUGGUCUGAACACUACCGGCUGUGCAGGUACCAAUUUAUCAGAUCUCUUGUAAAAAAAAACAAAAAACAAAAUAUGAAUAAUUAACUAAAAAAAAAAAAAGAUUGAAAAUUUUAAAAAAUAUC